UCUACACUGGGUCGGACAGACUAGGUUGGAAACUCCGGUGCAAGACACUGGCCUAUUAGGAAGAAUCAAAAGAAGAGGAAGAGGCCAUUGCCAGGUAAAAUAUGGACUAUAAAGCUUAUAAUGUUGACACAAAACCACCGCUUCCGUGAUAUCGAGAGGGCAGCUGUAUACCUCCAGCCAGAGAAGUGUGUCCCUCCACCUGCACAAGACUCCAUGGAUAAAGUGUGGUUCAUCAAGGACGGCUGUGGCAUUGCAUGUGCAGUAGUGACCUGGAUGCUGGUUUUCUAUGCUGAGUUUGUGGUCAUCUUUAUUAUGCUGCUACCUUCCAAGGAUAUCAUUUACAGUAUAGUCAAUGGGAUAGUCUUUAACAUGCUGGCCUUCCUGGCUCUGGCUUCACAUUUUCGAGCCAUGAUUACUGAUCCUGGUGCUGUUCCCAAAGGAAAUGCUACAAAAGAAUUUAUCGAGAGCUUGCAAUUGAAGCCAGGGCAAGUGGUUUAUAAAUGUCCAAAAUGCUGCAGCAUUAAACCUGACAGAGCACAUCAUUGCAGUGUGUGCAAGAGAUGUAUUCGAAAGAUGGACCAUCACUGCCCUUGGGUUAACAAUUGUGUUGGAGAGAACAAUCAGAAAUUCUUUGUUUUAUUCACAAUGUACAUAGCUCUGAUUUCAUUGCAUUCUCUUAUAAUGGUGGCCUUACACUUCCUAUAUUGCUUUGAAGAAGACUGGACAAAAUGUAGUUCCUUUUCACCUCCAACGACUGUCAUUCUGCUCAUCCUGCUUUGCUUUGAGGGCCUGCUUUUCCUUAUCUUCACUGCGGUGAUGUUUGGAACUCAAGUACAUUCCAUCUGCACAGAUGAAACGGGAAUAGAACAGUUGAAAAAGGAAGAGAGAAGAUGGGCUAAAAAAACAAAAUGGAUGAAUCUGAAGGCAGUGUUUGGCCAUCCGUUCUCAAUAGCGUGGCUUAGUCCUCUUGCCAUGCCAGACCAGGGAAAAGCAGAUCCUUACCAGUAUGUGGUCUGAGGGUUUCUGUGCAAGCAUUUCCAUGCACAGGACACUACACUUUAAUAUUACUGAAUGUGUCAUUAAAGAAAUGGUAGAUUUUUAUUGGCUGAAAAUAUGCUUCCUAUGAAGAAACACCCACCACCAUUCAUCAGUUCUGUCUGUACCUGUCUUCUGGACACUGUUGCUUCAUAUUCCUUUGCUGUUCAAAUCUCUGCCUGAACUGUCUCACAAAAAAAAAGACUAAUCCUGGGCUUUUCUUGUGCCUCUCUCCUGCUAACCUUCCUACGCAGCAGCAAACAAUGCUUUCUCAUAGCUGACGGUGCCAAGGACUCUUUGAAGUGGAUGCACAUUUUCAAGUGAACACUUGAUGCUGGAUAGUGCUUGCUUGGAGAGGGAACUGCAUUUUUCUAAUGCCUCAGCUUUCCCCCCCUCCUUAUGGGACUUGAAGCUGCAUGUCCAGAGCAGCGUUGUAUACAAAUGUGACAAAGUAAUAGGUUGAUAAAAAUAUUUGCAUUUAAUUAGUAUUCAACUGACUGCAAAGUAUUUCAUUUUUUUUUUACUCCAUUGUGUGCAGUAAAAAAGGCAAUGUUUUCUAUCAAGGUCAUCUGUUUGUAAUCUAUACAUUUGUGGGUAUGAAAAGCGUACGCGUGUGUGUCUAGGCGUACAUAUGAUUGUACCGCCAUCUGCACUAAUCUGUUGGGAAUGAAUCUUUUUACUGGACAUUUAUUGUACCUUAUUGUAACUAUGAUACUUGAUUGUCAGUCCAGUAUAGAAUACAAUGAACACAACAUUGACCAGCUAUACAGUAAUUUAUAGGCCAGAUGCCUUGUGUUUUUUAGUAUCCAUGGUUCUGAGCAUAACCAAUCAUGAAGUGGCUAGGGCUGGAACCAACCUGUCACUAACAUGAGCAUUAGUAUGGUCAUGGAAAUCCGUAACUGUACAGAACACGACAUAUAAUGUAAUGUCGAAUUGCUCAUAGUGCUCUUAUGAGCACUUUUGCAACUUACAUUUAGAGGCACAUUUAUCAAAGGUUGAAUUUCGAAUUCAUGUGAGUUGGUUUUUUUUUUAAAUCUGAAUUUUCAGUGAUAAAAAAACUAGAAUUAUUCGAGAUUUAUUAUACCCCGAGGAUGCAAAAAGUCAGAAUCUGAAAAUCCACCAUCUCAGACCUACUGAGGUUAUAUAUAAGUCAUUGGGAGAGGUCCCUAUCCUGAAGUUUCUGUGGUCUGAGCUGGAAUUAGCCAGAAAAUUCGACUAUUUCUGGCAAAAAUAUGAAAAAUUCAGACUUUUCUGGAAAAAAAUUAGAAAAAAUUGUACGAUUUAAUUUUUUUUCUCUAUUUUCUCAAGUUUGUCCCCAAUCCUAUUAAAUCUAACUUUUUAAUAAUAAAUAAAGUCAAAUCGUG